UGCUCAUUUCCAGAGGCGGCUGCGGGCUGAACUGGUGUGUCUUGCCAACAUGAGCGAGGCGGACGGGCUGCGGCAGCGCAGGCCCCUGCGGCCGCAGGUGGUCACCGACGAUGGCCAGGCCCCGGAAACUAAGGACGGCAGCUCCUUCAGCGGCAGAGUCUUCCGAGUAACCUUCCUGAUGCUGGCUGUCUCCCUCACCGUGCCCCUGCUUGGAGCUGUGAUGCUGCUGGAUUCUCCCAUAGAUCCACAGCCUCUAAGCUUCAAAGAGCCCCCUUUCUUGCUUGGUGUUCUGCAACCAAAUACGAAGUUGCGACAGGCGGAAAGGCUAUUUGAAAACCAACUUAUUGGGCCAGAGUCCAUAGCAAAUAUCGGGGACGUGAUGUUUACCGGGACAGCAGAUGGCCGAGUCGUCAAACUGGAGAAUGGCGAAAUUGAGACCAUCGCCCGGUUUGGGUCGGGCCCUUGCAAAAGCCGAGAUGAUGAGCCUGCUUGUGGGAGACCUCUGGGCAUCCGCGCGGGGCCCAACGGGACUCUGUUUGUGGCCGAUGCUUACAAAGGACUAUUUGAAGUAAACCCUUGGAAACGUGAAGUGAAGCUGCUGCUGUCCUCCGAGACACCCAUUGAAGGGAAGAAGAUGUCCUUUGUAAAUGACCUCACCAUCACGCGCGACGGCAGGAAGAUCUACUUCACGGACUCCAGCAGCAAGUGGCAGAGGCGGGACUACCUGCUCCUGGUCAUGGAGGGCACGGAUGAUGGGCGCCUGCUGGAGUAUGAUACCGUGACCAAGGAGGUGAAGGUGCUCUUGGACCAGCUGCGGUUCCCUAAUGGCAUCCAGCUCUCUCCUGCCGAGGACUUUGUCCUAGUGGCUGAAACGACCAUGGCGAGGAUCCGGAGAGUCUAUGUGUCUGGCCUGAUGAAGGGAGGGGCUGACCUGUUCGUGGAGAACAUGCCCGGGUUUCCAGACAACAUCCGGCCCAGCAGCGCCGGCGGAUACUGGGUUGCCAUGUCAAGCAUCCGCCCCAGCCCCGGGUUUUCCAUGUUGGACUUCUUAGCCGAGAGGCCCUACAUUAAGAAGAUCAUUUUUAAGCUGUUCAGCCAGGAGACGGUGAUGAAGUUUGUGCCGCGCUACAGCCUUGUCCUGGAGCUCAGCGACAGCGGGGCCUUCCGGAGAAGCCUGCACGACCCUGAUGGCCUGGUGGCCACCCACGUGAGCGAGGCGCACGAGCAUGAUGGGUACCUGUACCUGGGCUCCUUCAAGUCCCCCUUCCUCUGCAGACUCAGCCUCCAGUCCGCGUAGCCAGCCCACAGCCGUGCAUGCGGGGAGUCAGCCGCUCGGAACCCUGCCUGGCCCAGCUGGAGCCGGGGACACGGCGCUGCCCACCUGCGCCUGCCAGUCCUCGAGGUGUGGUGGCCACGGCGGCCGUGACCCCCAAGGCUGUGUGGACCCCUGAGGGCCACCCCUCAACUUGGGCUUGACUUUGGGUUUAGAGGGAUGCAUAGCGUACCUUCCAGGGAAGCCAAAUCUGUGAAGCCAUUCUGUUUUUUUAUAAAAGCUUUCUAAGUACAGUAACUCUCUAGGGCCUAGGAAACACCAUGCACUUUUAACAGGCUCUGGGUCGGUGUACAGAGCCAUAGGGGUCUUGUUGCUCCUGCUUCUGUCCUGCCAGCUGCAGCAUCUAGUAGAAAGUGGGGUGAUACCUUUUGAGGGGGCAUGGAAAGGCGGGUGGGGGUGGUGGAGCACAGGUCAUGUGCAUCGGGGCCGCUGGGAGCUGUCUUCUUGAGGGUUGUAUGGGACGUGGGCCCAGGUUCCUAGGUGUUCCUUCCAUAUAGCAGAGGAGCAUCAAUCCCACCCUCCACCUGCUCCUGCCUGGCCUUCCUCUGCACCAGAUUGUCUCACGGCUAAGAUGCCGACUGGGAUACCCACAGCCUGAAUUGUUGGAGUCCUGAAUUUAGCUUCUUGCUAAUGUUUCACCUGGGAGGGGUAGUGGUGGUUCAAUCAGUUGGGUCCCUGCCACCUGUGUGGGACACCUGGAUUUAAUUCUUGGCUCCUGGCUUUGGCCACACCAUGUGGGCAUUUGAGGGAGUGAAUCAGUGGAUGGAGGUUGUCUCUGUUUCUCUCUCUGUCUCUGUCUCUGAAGUAAAGUAAGUAAAAAUUUGAGAAGACUCCUGAGUGGGUGCCUAGGAAAGGCAGACUGUUCCCAGUGGCUCAGGGGACUUCCUGGGUUUGUCUGGGAAACUUGGGUGGCCCAGGCACUCAGCACCUGCUGCAGGAGUAUGUUCAGGAGUGUCCUGGGUCUCUGCCUUGUCCUUGACCUCUCGACCCACAGAUGUGAAAAGUGCACGCGUUAAUGUCACAUUUGCUCUAGUGUUAAAAGCCCCAAGUUGCUGUGUAUCUUGACAAAUACGUCUCCACACUGGAAUUAAAUUUGCUAAUAAAUAAUAAUACUAAAAAGA